UUCUGGCUGGGGACUCAGUGUGCGAGGUAUUGCAACAACAUACAGGUGUGAACUUCCUAGCCCUGGAACUCUCCUUCCAGGCUUACGUGACACCUGCCACCAGAGUAUUUCCACACGAGAACUCCCCCAACACUCUCAGGAUCUCAGGUACUCUCCUAGCCUGGAUCCUCCUCCCCUAGGUACUCCUCUGAUUCAAGUGCCCCACCUGCUGAUAUUCUCCAGCACUAACUGCUCCUCUUCCAGGAUUCUGUACCCUGGGGCUGCCUGGCAUCUGGAGGUUUCCUUGGAGCCAGGACUGUUUCUGGCAGAGGGCAAGGCUCACCAGUGCCUUCAGACUCCACCAUGAGUGAGACAAACCAAACAACACCAGCCAUGUCCCCUGGACCGGGCACUGGGGCCCGGGCGUGGCCUGUGCUGGUAGGGGUUGUGCUGGGCGCUGUGGUCCUCUCUCUUCUCAUUGCACUUGCUGCCAAAUGCCACCUCUGCCGCCAAUACCGUGCCAGCUACCAGCACCGCCAUCUGCCUGAGACAGGGAAGAAGAACUGCCCAGAGGUGGGUGAAGAUGACGAUGAUGAUGGCUUCAUCGAGGACAAUUACAUUCAGCCUGGGGCCGGUGGGGUGGGACCAGAAGGUAGCAGGGAUCACUUCUCCCUCUAGUCCUGACCUCUGGGUCCCCUCUCCCCAUAUCUGACAGCUUAAGGAUAGUAGGAACUACAUGGGAGCUGUGAGCCUCAGGGAUAGCAGUGGCUAGGGUUUAAGGGUAGAACAGGGCGGGGCACUCUGCCUUUCCCUUACCCCUGCCCAAACUCAUCCUCCACACUGGCCACCAAAGUGACAGUGACCCUCUCCUGCUCAGUAACCUUCAGUGGCUCCCUGCUGUUCUCAGGAUAAAGUCCAUUAAGGGCCUAAGUAUGGAAAUAAGGCCCUUUGUAAUCAGGCCCCUGUCAGCCUCUUGCCUUUCUUGCCUUUCCUUACUUUAUUUUCUGCUUAACUGUUUGUUACUCCCCCGUGCACCAAGCUGCUUUUCCAUGUGCCUUUGUUCAUGCUGUUCCCCUGCCUAGACUCCCUUUCCCUUCUUCCCCUGACAAAUCCUCUGAAAGCAAUGAAAAACCCUGGCCAAUAGAUCCCAUGUGGCUGGCCUACCUGCCAGCAUUUCAAAUGUGCCCAGAUGGUAACAUUUGAGCAGUUAAAAACCAGUGCUAAAUUUCUUACUGAAAUUUUUUCCUAGCCAAUAAAGUAGGUGA